AUGAACGCCGCUACGUUCAAAAAAGACUUCAUGGCGUCGAUCGUCGUUUUCCUUGUGGCGCUGCCGCUGUGCAUGGGCAUCGCGAUCGCGUCGGGCGUGCCGGUGGCGGCGGGCCUGAUCACCGGCAUCGUUGGCGGGAUCGUGGUCGGCUUCCUGGCCGGCUGCCCGCUGCAGGUCAGCGGCCCGGCGGCGGGGCUGACGGUGAUCAUCCUGGACCUGGUCAACGAGUUCGGCCUUGAGACCCUGGGCAUCGUUGUGCUGAUGGCCGGCCUGAUGCAGGCCGCGGCCGGCAUGCUGCGGAUGGGCCAGUGGUUCCGCGCGGUGUCGCCGGCGGUGGUGCGGGGCAUGCUGGCGGGCAUCGGCGUGCUGAUCAUCGGCAGCCAGUUCCACGUCAUGGUGGACGACAAGCCCAAGGGCAACGGCAUCGAGAACCUGAUCACCAUCCCGCAGGCCGUGCUCAAGUCGCUGACGCUGCCGGGUGUGCAGUCGCAGGAGUCGCGUGAGUUCCGCCGCGACAUGCUGCAGGAGGUGGGCGAGAUCCACCGCCGUCAGCAGGAUCUCGAGGAGCUGGUGGCGGAGGUCUACCCGCACAUCCACAACCCGGAGAUCGAGUACACCGAGGAGGCCCGCGAGCAGGCCGAAGAGAGCAUGCAGUCGUUCGUGGAGAAGCAGGAAGAGAUCCAGCAGGACCUCGAAGCCGCCACGGCCAAGAUGCAGGAGAUGGACCAGCACUUCGCCACGCCGGAGCGGGCCUCUGACGCGGCGAGCGCCGCCCAGGCGGCGCUCGAGCAGAACCGCACCGCGCUGACGGCGUUCGAGUCGGGCGAGCCGACGGAAAUCCUCGCGGAGCAGGACAAAUCGGUGGCCGCCGUGCAGGGCCUGUUGGACCAGUUGAAGAACCACCACUUCGCCGCGCAGGUCGGCGUGCUGUCGAUCCUGGCGAUCGUUAUCUGGCAGUUCGUCCCCAAGACGCUGAGAGUCAUCCCCGGCCCGCUGGUGGCCGUGUGCGUCGCGACCGUCGUGGCGAGCGUGUUCGCGCUGCCGGUGCUGUACGUGGAGAUCCCGGACAACCUGUGGGAGGGCGUGCACCUGCCAUCGCUCGCGGUGAUCCAGGAGUCGGGCCUGGGCGCCCUGAUCCCGGCGGCGAUCCUGGUGGCCGUGGUGGCCAGCGCCGAGACGCUGCUGUGCGCUACCGCGGUGGACCAGCUGCACACCGGCAGCCGCACCAACUACGACCGCGAGCUGUUCGCCCAGGGCGUCGGCAACACGGUGUGCGGCGUGCUGGGCGUGCUGCCAAUGACGGGCGUGAUCGUCCGCAGCUCGGCCAACGUUCACGCCGGCGGCCAGACCCGCGCCUCGGCCAUCAUGCACGGUGUGUGGCUGCUGCUGUUCGUGUCGGUGUUCGGCUUCCUGCUGCGGCAGAUCCCGACCGCGUGCCUGGCGGCGAUCCUGGUCUACACCGGCUUCAAGCUGGUGAACAUCAAGGACAUCCGCAAGCUGGCGAUCUACGGAAGGAGCGAGGUGUUCAUCUACUUCGCCACGGUCGUGACCAUCGUCGCGACCGACCUGCUGACCGGCGUGCUGGUCGGCAUCGCGCUGGCCGCCGCCAAGCUGCUCUACACCUUCAGCCACCUCGAGACGCGCCUCGACACCGCGGUGGACGGCAAGUGCCGGCUGCACCUCAACGGCGCGGCCACCUUCGUCCGGCUGCCGAUCCUGGCGUCCGAGCUCGAACGCGUCCCCGACGGCUGCGAGCUGCAUGUCGACUUCCAGGAGCUGCAGUACAUUGACCACGCGUGCCUGGAACUGAUGAUGAACUGGGCCAAGCAGCACGAGAAGGCCGGCGGCAAGCUGGUGAUCGACUGGGAGUCGCUGCACGGCCGCUUCCAGGCCGGCGGCAAGUCCAACGGCGCGGCUGUUCUUGGUCUACCUGGCGUUCUACGGCGGCUUCGUGCUGCUGGCGGCCUUCAAGCCCGACGCCAUGGAGGCGACCCCCGCGGCCGGCGUGAACCUGGCGAUCUGGUACGGCUUCGCGUUGAUCAUCGCCGCGUUCGUGCUGGCGAUGCUCUACGGCUGGCUGUGCCGCGAGCCCCAGAACGCCGGCGACGCGGGGGACCAACGAUGAACCUACUCGACCCGGCUGUUUGGAUCUUCCUGGCGUUUGUCGGCCUGACGCUGGGGCUCAGCUUCUACCUGGGACGCCAGGCCACCAGCUCGCAGGGCUACUUCGCGGCGCACGGGCAGAUCCCGUGGUUCGUCAACGGCGUGGCGUUCGCCGGCGACUACCUGUCGGCGGCGUCGUUCCUGGGCAUCUGCGGCAUGAUUGCCUUCUACGGGUACGACGGGUUCCUUUACUCGAUCGGCUACCUGGCGGGCUGGAUCGUGGCGCUGUUUGUCGUUGCCGAGCCGAUGAAGCGGCUCGGCAAGUUCACCUUCGCCGACGCGCUCAACCACCGCUUCGACUCGCCGGGCAUCAAGCUGGCCGCGGGCGUCAGCACGCUGGCGGUCAGCGUGUUCUACCUGAUCCCGCAGAUGGUCGGCGCGGGCGCGCUGGUCACGCCGCUGCUCAACUGGCCGCACUGGCUGGGCGUCUGCGUGGUGGGCGCGGUGGUGAUCCUGAUCGUCGUGACCGCCGGCAUGGUGUCGACCACCUGGGUGCAGUUCCUCAAGGGAUCGCUGCUGGUGAUAUUCAGCGCGGUGCUGGCUGUGCUGAUCCUCGGCCGCGGCUUCACCGCCACCGACCGUCCGAUCGAGCAGCAGGUGAUCGUCCGCUCCAGCUCGGGCGUGACAGUAAACGGACAGCCGGCCGACGAGGCGCAGGCAGCCGCGGCCGAGCGUCCCAUCGGCGAGGUGGUCUCGCUGCCGGGCGGCGAGGCCAAGACCGGCGCCGUGGGGCCGCUGCAGUUCUUCAGCACGCUGCAGGAAAGCGAAGUGGUGCUGUGGAAGAAGAAUGAAGAUGCCGACCCCGCCGGCGCCGUCACCACCACCUACACGCCCGACGUCAAACCCGGCGCACACGUGCUGCGGCCGGGCGAGCACCCCAACUUUAAGGGGAUCCGCAGCGGCGACGCCAUCGACAAGGUCAAUUUCCUGUCGCUGAUGCUGGCGCUGUUCUGCGGCACGGCGUCGCUGCCGCACAUCCUGAUCCGCUACUACACCGUCAAGGACGAGGCCGCCGCCCGCAAGAGCACGAUCGUUGGGAUCGCGUGCAUCGGCUUCUUCUACGUGCUGACGCUGUACCUGGGCCUGGGCGCGAUGACCAGCGGGCAGAUCUUCAGCUUCAACUCCAACAUGGCCGCGCCGCUUUUGGCCAAAACGAUCAGCGAGCCGCUGUUCGCCGUUAUCUCCGCCAUUGCGUUCACCACGGUGCUGGGCACGGUAAGCGGGCUGAUCCUGGCGUCGGCCGGCGCCGUGGCCCACGACCUUGUCGAGACCCUCGCCGCUGAAGAGCUGACCGACCACCAGCGGGUGCGGAUCGCCAAGAUCGCGUCGGUCGCCGUCGGCGCGAUCGCCAUCGUGCUGGGGAUUGUGUUCAAGGAGAUGAACGUCAGCUACCUGGUUGGUUGGGCGUUCAGCGUCGCGGCGUCGGCCAACCUGCCCGCGCUGGUGAUGCUGCUGUUCUGGCAGCGGACCACGAAGCAGGGCGUGAUCGCCGCGGUAAUCAUGGGCAUGGUCAGCUCGCUGACCUGGAUCCUGCUGAGCCAGGACACGUUCACCAAGGUGUACGGCCUGUCGGAGGGCUGGCUCACCCCGUUCAGCCAGCCUGGCAUCGUGACUAUCCCGCUCGGGACGCUCAGGCGGCCUAGUUCUGUAGCUGGGGGCAUCUUCAUGGUGAAACCGGCCCUUGCUGUCGCGUGCCUUGCGCUCUUCGUCGCGCCGCUGGUCCAUCACAUGACAUUCGAGCGUCGUGUGGAGGAUGCCGAGCAGCCGGCGGAAUUGGUUCUCGCGGUCGUGGGGAUCGGCGGUGGUUUCACGUUUGGCGUGGUCGCGAUUGUUCUCUUGGCCGUGCUCUGCGACGGCGGGCCCAACUUCCGACCUGUGUGGCUCUUGCUGUGGAUGGCCGCUGCCGGUGCUGCAUGGUGCUUCUUCUACCCCGGGGGAUGGGUCCUGGGUAUCCCAACGAUGGUCUACUCGGGCGAGCCAAGCGACACCCCACGGCACGGUUGCUACAAUCCACGGCGGUCUCCUUCCCGCCUGUACGCGCCCUCCCCUAUGCAGCAGAUCAUUGAGCUCCUGGCAGUCGUGUUCAGCGCGCUCUACGGCGUGCUGCUCGCACGGCGGCUGAAGCUGGACUUCGUCGGCGUGUACAGCCUGGCGUUUAUCGUGGCGUUCGGCGGCGGCACGCUCCGCGACCUGUUCCUCGACCGCCACCCGCUGUUCUGGAUCGGGGCGCCGCACUACCCGGUGAUUGUGUUCGGGAUGUCGAUCGUCGCGUUCUUCCUGCCCCCGCUGUCGGAACACACCGAGCGGAGCCUCAACAUCCCCGACGCGCUCGGCUUCAGCUUCUUCAGCGUGUCCGGCGCGGCGGCGGCGCUCGCCGAGGGCGCGCCGGUGUUCAUCGCCGCGAUGAUGGGCGCGGUGACCGGCACGUUCGGCGGCGUCAUCGCCGACACCCUCUGCAACCGCAUCCCCAGCCUGUUCCGCCCGUCGACGCCGCUCUACGCGACCUGCUCGUUCGUCGGGGCGUUGCUGUACAUCGCGCUCAAGGAGCUGCCGGCGAUCAAGCCGGUCGCGGCGCCGAUCGCCGUGGCGUUCAUCUUCCUGUUCCGCCUGGCCGCGCUCCGCUUCGACUGGCGGCUGCCGGCCUACUCCGACGGGUCCACCGACGCGCCGGAAGACGACCUAACUGCCUAG